AUGUCAAACGAUUUAUUGCAUGAUGAAAAGAAUUGGAUUAAUGAAGAAGAUAUUAAACUUGAGUUUUUUACCGAGGAGGACAUAAAACUUGAGUUGCAAAUUAAAGAAGAAAUAUUAGAUGAAAAUUGUGUAGACGGUUAUCAACAAAUACAAAGUGUGGACAAUAAAUUACCAGAUGAUAUAGCAUCCAUGAGGAAAAGUGUUUAUAUUAUUGAGGAAUCCAUAAAACAAGAACAUGAAAUAGAUAGUAAGUUAAUAAUCAAAGAUGAAAUAUUAGUAGAAAAUAGUUCAGAUGAUGAUCAACAAGCUCAAAUUGUGAGAAAACAAUCAACAGAUGGUGAAACAUUUAUGAAGGAAAGUGUUCUAGGACGAUCGACAAAUGAAUAUUGUAAACGGGCUACAAGGAAAAAAAAUUAUUCUGAAAAUAAGUGUGGUGUUUGUGGUAUGAUUUUUAAACUUAAAUCUGAUUUAGUUGAACAUAUUGAACAUAGUCGAGUUCAAACGAUGGAAAAAUCAUAUUUAUGUGAUCGUUGUAAUGAAACAUUUACUCUAAAAUGUGAUUUAUAUAAACAUAAAAAACAAACUCAUUUCGAAUGUAGAAUUUGUGGUAUGGUAUUAAAAGGUAAAUACGCUUUGCCUAAACAUGAACGACAGCAUAUCGAAAAAUCGUAUUCGUGUGACGUCUGUAAUGAAUUAUUUAUCUCAAAUAUCACUUUAUUGGAACAUAAAAAGGUUCAGCAAGAUUAUUGA